CUUUGACAGGCCUUUGGCCUCCGUUUCGGACUUGGGGACUGCCUUUUGGCCAUUUGGCGCAUGCUCGAGUAGACUUUCAGCUCUCACGGACGGAAAGAAGGACCUUGGCCACCCAAUGUCUUACGUCUCAGACCUCAACGGCUCUUUGAAGUCCCUCAAUGACCUCUACGCCCGCCUGCAAGAUCGCGCAAGAUCGUCCAGCGGAAACAACCGCACUUUCAACCCACACCUUGUUCACGGCCUGUAUCUGCAUUCCAACCUUCUAAGAACGAUCGAGGCCGAUGUCUUGGGGCUCUUUACUUCCCUAACUUCUCUUGAUCUUUCGAGCAACCUGAUAGAAUGCAUGAAGGGACUGGAGGCGACCCCUGGCCUGGUAGAGCUGAACUUGUCAAAUAACAAAAUUCGACGGGUGGAGGGCUUGAAGUCGUUGUAUGCUCUUCGAUCACUCAAUCUCUCCUUCAACCAAAUCAAAAACUUGGACGGCUUUCAGGUGAUUCGUGGAAACCGCUAUUCCUUGGAGAUCUUGGAUGUGAAGGGCAAUCGCAUUGAUGAUAUCAACACGCUUGACGACCUGAGGGGUUGUACGUCGUUACGGCAUUUGGUGUUGCAUAGCGAAAGUGUGAUUUCGAGGGUCAAUCCAAUAUGUGCGUCUGCUCGGUAUUCGCCGCGGAUGGUGUUCGAUGUCUUUCCGCUUCUCGAAUCCGUGGAUGGAUAUUCGCCAAGUGGAUUGCCUGUCACGGUGGAACCGCUGCUAGACGGGACGUCAGAGUAUCAAGAGCAUGCAUCAGCGGCAACCCCUGAAGGGUUUGCUUCGGGGAACAUCUGGGAUGCCCCUCGUGGGUUCCCCGCCGAAGACGAUCGAACCCAAUAUCGCGACAAGCAGGUCCUACACCUCCAAAACCAAGUAGAAGCCUUGAUGGCCUCCCUCGACCGGCGGCCAACCCAUCUCGAAACCAAACUGUCCUCCGACAUCGCCCACCUGCGGUCCGCCUACGAAGAGAUGCGCGCCUUCCUGAGACGAGACGAUCCGCCAAAAAAGGGUGCCCAGCUUCGCGAGCACAACGGCGCCAAACCGGUGUCGAACGCAAACGUGGACGCCUUGGCUAGGAUGGAGAAACAGCUGGCUGCGCUAUCGCAGAUAGUUGCUGAGAAGAAAUCGAGGACGAAUGGGGAUGAGGAACGGAGGAGUGGGAGGCAGUCACCUGUGGGUGGCGGCAAAGCUCGCUCAGGUCCGAAGGUCACCAGAACCCGGGAGAAAAGUCCUCCGGUUGCAGUCCAGAGUCGAAAGAACGCAACGAUGGCAACCCACCGGAAUGCCAAUGUCGAGAAUGAAGAUCCCGACGAGCAGUCAAGUGACGGCUCAGAUUGCACCACAUCAACAAAAGGGCGGGGAGUGUGGCCAAGUGCGAGAACCGAGAAAUCAGACUCUCUCAUUCCUAAAAGUCGAGUUUCCCAUGGCCAAAAAGCGAGCACGGUGUCCGACGCCACGACUAAGAAGAAAGCCGCCAUCACUCUCCCAGCAAACACAAAACUCAUCAGCGCAUUGGAAGAGGAAGAAAAACGCUUGCGAGCCAAUGAAGUCAAGUACGCGGAACAGAUCAAAGCGCUGAUGGAGGAGGUGAAGACCGAGCGCGAGUUGCGGAGUAAAGCGGAGGCGGAGUGCGGCGAGUUGAAGAAGGAACUCGAACCCAAGAAAGAUGCUCAGAAUCAGAUGGGAAUCUUACAAGAAGAAAACGCGAAACUUAAAGCGAAAGCGAAGGAAUCAGAUCAGAAGAUGGAGUCACUUGAGAAUGUCGUCAAGUCUCAGAAGGUCCAAAUAGCAACCAUGACGAACGACGUUAAGAUCCUCAAAGCAGACAAGACAUCCCUCGAAUCGCAACUAGCGAGCCAUAAGAAGAAGCUAGACCUUGCAAAGGACGUCGUGAAUGACGAUAAGAGCGCGUUGCUCAACUUGGAACACCAGCUGCAGGCGGCUGAGGAGUCCAAGUCUCGACUAUCCAUGCGUUUGAUCAAAGAGCGAGAGGAGUCUAAAAUCAGAGUCGCUGAGUCGAACGCCGAGUUGGACGUGUACAAAUCUACCGUCAAACAAUUGCAGAAACACCUCCAGAGCGUUCAACAGCAGCUGGCCAAUAAAGAGUCUGAGAGCGGGCAGCGGAUCAGAGAGUUGUCUUCCACACUCAACAACGAACUGAAGACGGCCAUUAGUGACACGACGAAGAGCUUGAUCACCAAGCACCGCGACGAGUUUGAUGCCGUUUCGAAGCAGCUGGCAAGCACCAAGCAUGCGUACGGCGUCCUGGAAGAGGAGUAUCGAAAGAGGAUGCGAGAGGAGCAAUCCCGCCAAUCUCGUCUUCAGGCUGCGUACAAUGAGGCAUCUGAGCGGUUGGCCAAGACGGAAAAGGCUUUGGACUUGGCCACUGACAAAGAAAAGGAAAUGUCAUGCAUCAUUCAAGAGCUCACACUGGUCGUCAAAGAGCAGAAAGCGAAACUCGCUGAGCUCGAAAAGCAGGAGACAUUGUCGUUUGAUGUGUUUGAGGUCCGUUCGCUAGGCGGAGGAAUCAGGCGGUCGGCAUGAGACAUUUGACCAGGAUUGCGCCUUAGGAAAAAGUACGGUCACUCGAAAGUCAAUUGAAAUCUGCACAGCAAUCGCGGGACGACCUGACCAAAGCCCAGAGCGAAUGGAUUGCACAAAGGAGUGCAUUCGA